AUGCCUGAUACAAUCAACAACUAUCGCACUCAAAUUCCACAGACAGCAAAUUUCCAAUCCCAUCAAGACACCGCACAAGAUUCCAACAUGCUCCAACCCGAAGAUUGGGAAGAAUUUGAAGAGGAUGCGGGAGUAAAUAACCCCUUCCACGACGUCUACGAAGAAGAUACUCACCCACACCCUCGCCAAUCCCCAGCUAGCGGUCCUCCUUCAAGAAACCCUAGUACCAACAGCUCCAACUACUCCACAAAGUCUCGCAACCAACAUGCAAACGCCAGUUCCACAACAGCAGCCACCUUCUCUCAUUACCCCACAAACCACAUACUCCCCCCAGCUUCCCCCUCCCCCUCUUACAAAUCUCGCGAUCCAAUCUUCAACACCAAUUCAGCUUCUUCCUCCGUUACAAAUUCAACAAACCGCAUCAUCCGCCUCCCUUCUCGUGGCGUUGCCCACUUCAACCCCGCCACGAACAACAACUGGCUUCCAAUCCUGCAAUCCUUUCUCUCUUACACCUUCACCAAUCCUGAUAUUCUCGAGGAAGCCCUCGAAACGCCUAAGAAUGGCGUCACGUGUGUCGGAAAAAGUAUGCGAAUCUGUUUGGACGGCAAUGAAGGACUUACAAAAUUAGGCGAGAUGGCUAUUAGAUUGGUAAUGAGGGAACAGUUUUACUUGUUUAGUAUUCCUGAAGUAAAAGCCUCUCAAAUACUAAACCGUAUCCUCUCCCGCGUCUCCCUCUCUGCUUACCCGACUAUAGCAUCAUGUAUUCGUCCUCAGCCCAGCUCCCCAGUAUCUUUCCGCAAUAUCAUAGAACUCGUCAAAGAGGACACCCGAGAAGACAGUACCCGUGUUAUCGGCAGAGCAGUCAAGGCGGUGAUUGGGGCUGUAUAUUUAGAUGGUGGGAUUGAGAGUGUGAAGAAGAUAAUGGAGAACUUGCAGAUGGGAAUUAAAUUGCCACCGGGAAGUAGGAGAUGA